UGAUGGAUUAUUUACAGUGGUCAAUAGAAUGAAUGGCAUUAGGGGUGUAGCUAAACAUCUAAGGUAAGGUUUAUAAAAGCUUGACACUUGAUCAGCUCAGAAGACUCUGAAGAUGGCUCUCCAAAAGCUCUCCGAGUGUGUUGCCUUGAUCAUUCUCAUAUGCCAUGGUUGUCAAUCACAGGAGCCAGAAUGUGGUUAUGUUGCUACAAAAGCCCGAAUCGUUGGAGGUCAGAACGCAAUCCCUGGGCAUUGGCCUUGGCAAGCAAGCUUACAGGACGCCGGUUUCCACUUUUGUGGAGGAUCCCUGAUCAAUGAACAAUGGGUGCUGACGGCUGCUCACUGUGUAGGAAGUGAUAUUCUUACUGCUGAAGUCCAUCUGGGUGUCCAAAAUUUAUCAGAUCCCAACCCAAAUGAAGUGAGUCGGGGGAUUAAACAAGCCUUCUGCCAUCCUGGCUAUGAUACAAAUACUAUGGAGAAUGACAUAUGCCUGCUGGAGCUGUCAGCUCCUGUCAACUUUACAGACUACAUAAAGCCUGUAUGCUUAGCCUCAGGGGAGAGCACCUUUCUUGAGGGUACUAACAGCUGGGUCACUGGAUUUGGAGACCUAGGUAACGGGAUGAAACCUGACAUCCUGCAGGAAGUAGAAGUGCCAAUUGUGGGAAACAAUAAGUGCUCAUGUUACAAUCAAGAAUUCACCAUCACAGAAAACAUGAUUUGUGCAGGCCUUGAUCUGGGAGGAAAGGACUCAUGUCAGGGAGACUCAGGAGGACCACUGGUGGUUUACAAUGGGUAUGUGUGGGUUCAAGCUGGAGUGGUGAGUUUUGGAGAUGGUUGUGCCAUUCCAAAGAAACCCGGAGUCUACGCUCGAGUGUCGCAGUACGAGAGUUGGAUUAGGGACACUGUAGCUGCAAGUGAACCAGGCUUUAGUACCUUCACCUCCACAGGCACCAACUUUGACUUGUUCUUCGUCUGUACUACCUCUCCCUGGCCCACUGACGGUAGCAUUUUUGACAGUGCUGACAACUUGAGUCACUUUACUCACCUUGUGGCUCUGUCUGCUCUUGCUCUGGUUCUCCAUAUCUUUGUUAGUGUCAGGGGAAAUUGAAUGUAUUAAUUAUGUUUCUGCUGUGCAUUCAUUAAUGAGGUUGAUUCUUUUUCCCUUUCAUAGUCCUUCCCUGCAGCUGUAGUCAACUAUUUCUUAUUUACUUUGAUCAUUUAAAAUAACAUAUGAAGGGUUUAUCUAGAUUAUAGUACAGCAUUUAAUGCCGAAAUCGUAGUCUAUAAAGCUGUAUUAAAUCCAAAUAAAAAAUUUUAACUAAUCAAGCACUAUGAUAUAGCUGGGUCUUAAGCAAAUAUGGGCUCAUUUGCACUGAUUUGUGAAUAAAUGUUUACUUUUAAUCAAGCAAUUCAAAUGUUUAUGCAUUGUGUUUGUUUUUUGAUUUGAUUUACUACUAUCUGGGA